CGCGGGGCGGGGCGGGGGGAUAUCUAGGCGGUGGCUGAGGCGCCGCGAACACUCCCCGCGGCGGAGCGCGGAGCGGUGGGUGCGCCGGCAGCGGGCAGGGUGGCCGGAGCGGCGCGGCGGGGCGAUCUUAAUCUCAAGACAUGUAUUUCCUUGGACUGUUGUCUUUGCUUGUUUUGCAAAGUAAGGCCUUCAGUACAAAUUUUCCUGAUGAAACCAUUGCUGAGCUUUCUGUGAAUGUUUACAAUCAGCUGCGAGCUGCAAGAGAAGAUGAGAAUAUUCUUUUCUCUCCUUUGAGCAUUGUAAUAGCCAUGGGAAUGGUAGAGCUUGGAGCCCAUGGAACCACUUUGAAAGAAAUUCGACAUUCCUUGGGUUUUGACAGCUUAAAAAAUGGUGAGGAGUUUGCAUUCUUGAAGGAACUUUCUGAUAUGGCAACUACUGAAGAAAGUCAUUAUGUUCUGAGUAUUGCUAACUCCCUCUAUGUGCAGAAUGGAUUUCAUGUCAGUGACAAAUUUUUGCAAUUGAUGAAAAAAUACUUCAAAGCUGAAGUGGAGAACGUAGAUUUCAGUCAAAGCAUGGCAGUAGCCACCCGCAUCAAUAAGUGGGUGGAGAAUCAUACAAACAAUAUGAUCAAAGAUUUUGUGUCAUCAAGGGAUUUUGGUACUCUAACUCAUUUGGCUCUAAUCAAUGCGAUCUACUUUAAGGGUAAUUGGAAAUCACAGUUCAGACCUGAAAAUACAAGAACUUUUUCUUUCACUAAAGAUGAUGAAAGUGAAGUGCAGAUUCCAAUGAUGUACCAGCAAGGAGAGUUUUACUAUGGGGAGUUCAGUGAUGGCUCCAACGAAGCAGGUGGUAUCUACCAAGUUCUGGAAAUACCAUACGAGGGAGAUGAGAUUAGUAUGAUGAUUGUUCUUUCCAGACAGGAAGUUCCACUGGUCACAUUGGAACCACUGGUCAAAGCCUCGUUGAUUGAUGAAUGGGCUAACUCUGUGAAAAAACAAAAAGUGGAAGUAUAUUUACCAAGGUUCACAGUAGAACAAGAAAUUGAUCUGAAGGAUGUCAUGAAAGGCCUUGGAAUUAUGGAAUUAUUCAGCAGUAACGCUGACCUUACUGCAAUGUCUGAUAACAAAGAGCUUUACCUUGGAAAGGCAUUUCACAAGGCAUUCCUCGAAGUUAAUGAGGAAGGAUCAGAAGCUGCUGCUGCCUCAGGAAUGAUUGCCAUUAGUCGAAUGGCAGUGCUGUAUCCCCAAGUUAUAGUUGAUCAUCCUUUCUUCUUUUUGAUCAGAAGCAGAACAACAGGUACUGUCUUGUUCAUGGGAAGGGUAAUGCACCCUGAAGCAAUGAAUGCAAGUGGCCAUGACUUUGAAGAACUUUAACUACCACCAGCUACCAAAAAAAGGAAAUAAGCACAUGAAGUUUGAAGUUAAUAUAUUUAAGGUUUGCUGUGUUUUUCCCCAAGAUACUGUUUAAAAGCCUUUCAGGUUUAACUGUGGUUUAAGUUGCAAGUCAGUUUCUGGAGGAAAGUUUACAGUAUUAAAACAAUGGUCUGUUUCUGUAACUGUGAUUGCUGUGUCCUUAAAAUAAAAUUGUGUACAUGUCAACAGUUGUUUUCUUGUUCUAGUGAAUUGUAAAGCAAAAAAAUUUUGCAAAUCCAUAAUUCCUAAAUUUUUUACAGUCCAAAGGCUGACUUGAUCAAUGAGACAGGAGCAGAAUGUGUGCAGCUCUGAAUAAUGCAAAUGGCAAACAUUAACAAUAACUUAGAAUUGGAUGAAGAAUUAUAUCUGGAAAAUGUAAUCUUGUCCUUUUCUUGUAGUAAACAGACUGCAAUAUGGUGUUCCAUCAAAGUUAAUGGAAGAAAUUAAGCCUAGUGGAUUUUAUUCUCUAAGUUAACUGUGGUAGAGUUUUUGUGUGAAUCUCCAACAUGUGAUUCUAAAAUGUUGCUUUUAUGAAUGCUUCUGCAUGUGACCCUGCAAUUCACUUUCCAUAAGUGUUGAUGGCAAUAAAAUUUGAUCGCAUGAAUAUUUGAGACUAGUCAGUAUAGAAUAGCAAUAUAUAUAUGGCUGAAGUAAAUUAAUUGAAAGUCACAUCAUUCAUGUGGACAUAUUUCUCCCCCCUUCCCCCAAAGUAGUUGUUCUAUCUAUUUUGCUAACUCAAACUUUGCAAUAUCUCACUCCAGUGAUCUAGAACAGCCUUUCUUAUAAAAUAAAAACCUUAAUUUCAAGUGUUGAAAAAUGUUCAGUUCAUAAAUAAAUGUCUAAUGGAACAUAAUCCUUUUUGUUCCCUAACUUCUUAUUGAGAAUAAACUGACAGAGGAGAGAAUGACACACAUCACAGGUAAAUAUUAGCAAGGAAAUUAGUUGUCAUUCCCAUUUGCAGGAGGGAGGAGAAGUACCAGUUAUCACCAGAGAGGUGCAUAAUUAUUUCUUCCCUCUUUGUGUAAAAUAUAAAAUCAACAGAAGUUACUAAAAGGUGAAAGAGGAGAAAAGAGGGGAGGAGCUCCUUUGAAACAGAUGAUAAAUACAAUCUUUUUGGUAAGAAGUGGGUUUCUUUUCAGUCAAUAGGAGUUUUGUGUUUUGAAUUCUAUGGGAAGAAAUGCAUUUUGGCUGAGCUUUAGUUUUACUUACGGGUUCUUCUGACAUGCAUUCACUUCAGACCAACAUAGAUACUACUCACAAAGUUAUUUAUACAAGGAGAAUUUCCAAAAUUUAACACAUUAUUGUUCACUUUAUAUAUACUGUUGGUGCAAAUCAUGCAGGUCACACCUACAGAGUGAUGGAUGCUCUCCUCUGUGAAGGCUGAUGAUGCUCCCUCUGAGAAGGGGCACCUGAGCAUGUCUAGCCCUGCCUCUUUCAGUUGUUUCAUUCUACUGCAUGGAAGAAACACAAAGCUUCUUAAUGUUCAACUUGCUUGUUACCCUUAGUGUAUUAUUCUGGACUCAUAGAAAUUUUCAUAUUUAAAUUAAAUUAGACAAAAGUUGUAAUCCUUUUUAGCUCUGUGUAAUGAAGUGUUAUAUUUUGGAGAAAGGAGGAGAAUGCUUUUAAGAAGGAGCGGAGGUUAACUUUACCAAUGCCUAGAUCUAGCCUCAGUGCAAGUGGAAAUGGCCCCUAUGACAUGAAUGGAGUUAUGCAAUGGCUGAUUCUUCAUAUUUAAGCAAUUCUAUGAAUAUCAUCUGAUGUUUAUAAAAGCGACCCAUAUGCUAAGCAUUUCUAGUGUUUUAAACUUUAUGGGGAGCCUGAAAAUAGGUAAGGUUUUUAAGCUAUUACACUUCAGGCAGAUUUUUCAAGGUGAUUACUCUGAAUUUGAAAGAGACAGGAGAAGGCAGAUGACAACUCAAUGAUCUUUAUUCUCAGUCAAGUGAAAGUUCUUCCUGACCAAUUUUGUUUUCCUUGCAUUAAUCUGUUUGCAGUGUAGAUGCUCCUUACUAAGGGAAAGACUUUGAAGACAGACUUGAACUAAAGCUAUGGAAUUAUGGAGUGAUGACUGCCAGUCAGCAAUAUUUAUAGAGGAUGUCAGGCAAGUGCAUAGACUUCCCUACCAGUUAGACUGAGCAUAGGUACUAAGUGGAAUGAUGCAGAAUCUCAUAUUCCAAGUCUGAUUCUGUGAGAUCGCCUCAAUGGGUGUUUAGGAAAACCAAUAGAAACAAGUGCAAGGAGUAGUUACCUCAUUUGAUACUCAAAAUAGCCAGUUCAUGUUCCUUAAAUCCAGAAUUACUUAGUUUUAAGCAAUGAUAUGAACUGACUUAUUACCAAAUUAUGUGAAGAUGUUAGCUGUCAACUACAAUGAAAGCAACCCUCUCACAGUACUGUUUUUCAAUAGUGAUAAUCUUAAGUAUCAUUGUCAUUUAUAUACAAAAAUAUAUACCUGUACACAUGUGCGCACACACAUGCCUACUAUUUCAUUGUGUUUUAAUCUAGAUUUUGUAUAGUGGUCUUAUCAAAGAUAUUGCUUCUUCAAGACAAAAAUAGCAAAAUACUUUUGUCUUUUUUUUUUGGUAAUGGGAACUUGUCAGUUAAGUUUGACAUGUUAGUUUAGAUACCUGGUCUCUAUAAAAAGCAAAAACAGAUGUGUUUGUAUUUGGGGGAGGGUGAGGCAUAUCUGAAAAUAAAAGGCUGAAACUUC